UAUAAGAUUAUAAGUUUCCCUUUGAUAAUUUUACAAAAGUAACCCCCCCAUUGGUGGCACUUAUGAAGGGCAACUUAUAAGCCGCUUUUAAGGGCAACUUAUCAAGUUUUUUCCUCUAGUGUGGCCGGGAGCCAAUGCCGCUCGUGAUUGGCGAAACAUUGAUGGGCCUUGAUAUGUUGAAGUCGGACCCCUCUUCUUUGCUGUCGGGAAGCCCGGUAUUACUCCAAGCCUGGCUUAUGGAGAGGCUCAUGCUGGUGGCACCACUGGAGAACAUGGAAAGAUAUAAUAGAAAAGGGGUCACUGUGCGGCCCAUGGUGUAUGGCCGACUUUCAUUGGAUGAGUGGCGAUGCGCACUCUCUGGAGUUGAAUCUUGUAUAAGGUGGGUAGUUCCUUGGUGGGGAAUUGCUUCUAUGAGACAUGCCCCAGGUUCUACGGCUUUGAGGGUGCCAAGCCUCAUAAUGUUGGUCUUCUACUUGCCUGCUAGAGUGAUGAGACAGUAUGGCUUGAAACAGGAAAUCCCGGACUAUGCUGAAGAGAACCCGAAACCUGUUGCGCUGAAUGCAAAUCGACUUGAAGUUUGGAGGCGGUACUGGGUUGCCAAACCAUUCUUGAGUGUUCAAUACCCACCUGAGCCAGUUACUCUCUCUGCGGGUUAUGUUGUAUGGAUGAACGGCCCAAGCCAGAGGGACAUUUCUUUCUCCGGACCAUCUAGAGUCCGAGGUUCUAGAGCUAGACUCCCUGCAUCAAUCGAUCAUGAGGAAAGUGACGGGAGUGUGGCCCGUCCGGUGCUUGACCGUUCUGAGUCCAAAGGAGGUUCGUCAUCCUCCCAUCUUAGAAGACUAGCAAGUUCCUUCUCUCGCCGCCUGGGAAAAGGGAAGAUUGAUGAAUGAUUGCGGGAUGAGCCAGGGGAUAAUACUCAAGGUGCCAAGACUCAAGAGCAUAGUCGCCUGACCCUAGAUCUUUGUAGGCUAAUGUGUUUGAAGUUGUACUAGAAGGAAUUGUGUUAAAGAAUGUGUUUAGAAAGUGUGUUUAGGAAGUGUGUUUAGUGGAAGUGAAAAGGCUUUGAACUUUGCUUCACUUGAUUCCAACCUUGUUUUUGAAUUAGCUUUGAAGGCCUUAGAGCCGAAUAAAUAGUUAUUGUGUUAAAUUCCGCUUGAACAUGCUUUGCUUUGA